CUCCCGCGCUCCUGGCGAGGCUCAGGCGCCGAGCGCGCGGACGGGCGCACCGACAGACGGCCCCGGGGACGCCUCGGCUCGCGCCUCCCGGGCGGGCUAUGUUGAUUGCCCCGCCGGGGCCGGCCCGCGGGAUCAGCACAGCCCGGCCCGCGGCCCCGGCGGCCAACCGGGACUAUGAACCGGAAAGCGCGGCGCUGCCUGGGCCACCUCUUUCUCAGCCUGGGCAUGGUCUACCUCCGGAUCGGCGGCUUCUCCUCAGUGGUAGCUCUGGGCGCAAGCAUCAUCUGUAACAAGAUCCCAGGCCUGGCUCCCAGACAGCGGGCGAUCUGCCAGAGCCGGCCUGACGCCAUCAUCGUCAUAGGAGAAGGCUCGCAAAUGGGCCUGGACGAGUGUCAGUUUCAGUUCCGCAAUGGCCGCUGGAACUGCUCUGCACUGGGAGAGCGCACCGUCUUUGGGAAGGAGCUCAAAGUGGGGAGCCGGGAGGCUGCAUUCACCUACGCCAUCAUUGCCGCCGGCGUGGCCCACGCCAUCACAGCUGCCUGUACCCAGGGCAACCUGAGCGACUGUGGCUGCGACAAAGAGAAGCAAGGCCAGUACCACCGGGACGAGGGCUGGAAGUGGGGUGGCUGCUCUGCCGACAUCCGCUACGGCAUCGGCUUCGCCAAGGUCUUUGUGGAUGCCCGGGAGAUCAAGCAGAAUGCCCGGACUCUCAUGAACUUGCACAAUAACGAGGCAGGCCGAAAGAUUCUGGAGGAGAACAUGAAGCUGGAAUGUAAGUGCCACGGCGUGUCAGGCUCGUGCACCACCAAGACGUGCUGGACCACACUGCCACAGUUUCGGGAGCUAGGCUAUGUGCUCAAGGACAAGUACAACGAGGCCGUUCACGUGGAGCCUGUGCGUGCCAGCCGCAACAAGCGGCCCACCUUCCUGAAGAUCAAGAAGCCACUGUCGUACCGCAAGCCCAUGGACACGGACCUGGUGUACAUCGAGAAGUCGCCCAACUACUGCGAGGAGGACCCGGUGACCGGCAGUGUGGGCACCCAGGGCCGCGCCUGCAACAAGACGGCUCCCCAGGCCAGCGGCUGUGACCUCAUGUGCUGUGGGCGUGGCUACAACACCCACCAGUACGCCCGCGUGUGGCAGUGCAACUGUAAGUUCCACUGGUGCUGCUAUGUCAAGUGCAACACGUGCAGCGAGCGCACGGAGAUGUACACGUGCAAGUGAGCCCCGUGAGCACACCACCCUCCCGCUGCAAGUCGGAUUGCUGGGAGGACUGGACUGUUUGCAAGCUGCGGGCUCCCUGGCAGAUCACUGCCUGGAUCUUCACAGGGAACUGCAGGAAUGCUGAGCUUGUCUUUUCUGCUGAGGAGGGUACUUUUCCUGGGUUUCCUGCAGGCAUCUGUGGGGGGAAAAAAAAACUCUCUCAGAGCCCUCAACUAUUCUGUUCCACACCCAAUGCUGCUCCACCCUUCCCCAGACACAGCCCAGGUCCCUCGGCGGCUGGAGCGAAGCCUUUUGCAGCAGGAACUCUGGACCCCUGGGCCUCAUCAUAGCAAUAUUUAACAAUUUAUUCUGAUAAAAAUAAUAUUAAUUUAUUUAAUUAAAAAGAAUUCUUCCACCUC